UUUGUUUUCUCGGCUAACAAUGUGCGACAUUGAGGCACAAGACUGUCGUAAAUGUGAGACAAAGCCAUUAAACGCAGACAUUAAUGGCAUUAUUGGGAAGAAGACGAUCCCGGAGUCCAUCGAAAGCCAUAAUAACAACGAGGAGUUGACUGCAGACGCGGCGACCAAAAGGCUACGAGAAUUGAGGGCUCGGAGGGAGAGGCGACACAAGACAUUGAUUGUCACAAUACUAUCGUUUGGCAACUUUUGUGUGGCCGCCGGCGUCUCAAUUCAGGGCCCUUUCUUCCCAAAGGAAGCAGAGGCUAAAGGUGCGACACCCAUAGUAUACUCAUCCAUAUUCUCGGUCUACGAAUUGGUGAUGUUAUUGACUUCUUUCAAAUUCGGACAAUUAGUGUCACGAAUACCGGCGAACCUAAUGUGCGGCUUUGGUCUGGCGUUGGCAGGCAUUAGCACCGUUAGCUUCGGACUGUUAGACCACUUGCCCGAUGGGCUACUAUUUAUAGUGCCGGCAUAUGUCAUACGAAUCAUUGAAUCAUUGGGUGCCACAGCUUUCGCCACCAGUAGCUAUUCACUGAUAACCUACCGGUUCGCCGACACCACCGCAACUAUGUUCUCCAUUAUGGAGACCUGUUUCGGUUUAGGUCUCAUUGUUGGUCCCGUAUUAGGCGGCGCUCUCUACGAGUGGGGCGGAUAUACCGUACCGUUUCUGGUGUUGGGCGUACUAUUGACUCUGAGCGCAGCCCUUAUACUCAUGUUUUUGACCACAAAUCAAAUCCAAUCCAAAGACUAUAACAGAGACAAAGAGAUCGACAUUAAUAGCAAUCAACAAGUGAUUAGUGUUUCAAAGUUUCUCUUAAAUCCAAUUAUAAUAUUGGAUUCGUUUGUAAUCCUCACGGCUUUGAGUCUAAUUGGAUUCAAUGCGUCCACAUUAGAGCCACACAUCCGGCACUUCCAGUUGUCACCGCUGAUGACCGGCAUUAUCUUCGUCACCCUCGGCCUCAUGUACGCCAUCACUGCACCAGUUUUGGGCAAAUUGUGUGAUAUAUUCAACCAUAACUUGACUCUAUUCUCCAUAAUCGGUACACUAUUAUGUUUGGCCGGUUUAGCACUGAUAGGACCGUUGCCCGGCUUAGGGCUCGACACCAGCCUAUGGCUCGUUAUACUAUCGCUGUUUCUGUUCGGCGUGGGAACGGCUGCCAAACAAGUGAGCGGUUACUCACAUGCACUCAACUAUUGCAUCUCAAACCGCGGGUUUGGCAAAAACAAGAGCACCUAUGGCUUGGUGUCCGGCCUAUUCUUCUCGUGCAUAUCUUUAGGCGGUUUUAUGGGCCCCACAAUCGCCGGGGUCUUCGUCCAGAACUUCGACUUCAAGUUCGCCACUCUUGUCAUGUUUGCCAUCGAAGUCAUCCUAUUUGUGGUCCUUUUAUUUUGUUUUACCACAUCACCGACAAUGCCUUCAUAUCACUCGACACUCGUAUCAAAUAAAUCGAUUGCAAACAUAUCUUUGCUCACCUUUCGGACCAAAUUCAGGGGACCCGUCGUGACACUCAAUUCAGACCACUUGGGAAAAGACGACUUGAAUGGCGUAGACAUCGUCGAUGAGGCCAUACUUUACUUUAAGGCCAACGUCUUCUUCAGUUCGUACGAAAUCCAAAGUGAUGCCGACCGUCUCAUCAUUUAUUUGACACUUUAUAUCAUUGAAUGUCUUAAGAAGAUCCAAAGGUGCAAUAACAAGAACGCUGCGCUCCAAGAGUUGGCUCAGUUGGCGAUCAGUCGCUUCGACAUCCCGGGUGACCCCAAGUUCCCACUCAACUCCGUGUUCCAGAAGCCCAAGAAUGGUGAUGAAGCAGAGCUGAUGCGGUCAUACAUCCAACAGUUGCGACAGGAAUGCGGUCAACGGUUAGCGAGCCGUGUGUUUGACACCGACAACGGGCCGCCCUCUAAGUGGUGGACCUGUUUUGCCAAAAGGAAGUUCAUGAACAUCAACCUCUCGGGACCCGGCAAUUGAUUCCUACCAUUCAUACGAUAAUUAAAUUAAUUUCCAAUUAUUGACACUUUUGUCACUGAUAUCUAGUAUUUAAUCUGUUAGUGAAACUAAUUUUAUAUAUUAUUCCAUUAAAUGAGUAUUUAUUGAAAUGUUUUUAAUUAUGGUUAUAAUUAAGAAUGUUUUUUAUAUUGAUUCCAAUUGUUAUGAUCAAGAUCACAAAUUGAAUUUAUAUUUACACCUCUUUUAAACAUUACUUUUUACUCGCAAU